AUGUACACGAACUCUGUGGUUCGUCCUUUGAUUGACACCACAAAAAGAACAAGAGAAACUAAGAGCACAUUGUUCUAUGAAAGGGACAAAGUCCAAGGAUUAUGUGAAGAAAUCAAUCUUUUAAAGCAAGUAACUGAAGUGGUUAACGAUAAUAAUGAAUAUUUGAAUCAGGAAAAAAAAUAUGUUUAUAAUACUAUUCAAAAAAAAAAAUUGAAUGUAAUUCAAUUAUAUCACUUUCAAAGAAUUCAAAAAAACAAAGAUGCUGCAAGUAGAGAAACGCGUUUAACUCAAAAUGAAUUAAAUAGAUUAUCUGAUCGGGAACAAUCAUUUUAUAAAAAAUAUGAGCAACUUAUUCAAGAUUAUAAAAGUAAAUGUCCAGAAUCUCUUUACAUAUCCAAUGAAUUACAUGCUCCUAAAAGGCCUUAUGUGGUCGUUCGGGUGAUUGAAAAUGUCGGAGAAGUGGUGACCAAGAAUGGUAUUAUCGAAUUGCUCAAAGGAAGUCAAACUAUGGUUAGAGAAGCAGAUUCAAUAAUUGCAAAACUGAUAAAGAUGGGUUACCUCAAAAAAAUUGAUAGUUAUUAA